AUGGCUUUGAUCCAAUUCCUCGUCAUCGCGCUGCUCGGCCUACAAGUACUAGCAGCAAGUCCCCCCAAAAAACCAGUAAAACCAAUGGAUCCAACAGUUCCGCAAUGCUAUACUGAGCAUGAGCUCAUGGGUGAAGUCCAGAAGGCGGACUGUCCCGCCGCGCUGGCCAAAAUCAUCUACGAGAAGGACACCCUGAGCAAAUUAGAAACCAGGCUGGCCGUCGUCUCUGGAGAUUGCGUUAUACGUCUCAACAAUACAAAGCAGGUUGUUGUGACAAAAAAACAGAUCGAGGACACAGUUACAGAGCUUACAAAGUCUUCUUGUAAGAGUGGUCAUGCUAAAGUCAAAGGCAACGCAGAGGUCUCAAUCUCGAUCACUGCACGCGGCAAACCUAGGGCCUGGUUCACUCCAUACGACCCUGAUUUCCCACUAGGGAAGCCCUUCUGUUUCCGUGCGGCCCAGGGCCAAGUGGUUAAGGAAGAUUGCUUAGAGGCAUUCAACCAGCUUCCUGUAGACGAACAAGGCCAGCUGGUUAGUCCAGCUGACAAAAAGAUAGGGCACACAUUUAACCUCAAAGUCAAAUCUUGUCGAGUAAUUGUCUACACAACCGAUGGAUCGAAUGUUUCUGUCAAAAAACAGGAUAUCUCGGCCGUUGUGACUGGUAUGAUAAACAACUGCAAUUCACAGUGGGGUACUGUGAACGUCAAAGGUACCGAGGGUCCCAAUGGACAGGGUCCCAAUGGACACGUCACUAUCGUCACUCGCAGUUACUGA